AUGGCGCCGCAGUCUUCGUCGUCUGCGCCCACCGGCGCGGGCCAACACGACUGCUCGCACAGAGUGGGUCCGUCGCAGCAAAACCGGCAGGACUCUAUGUCAAUUUAUACGAAUUUCAACCAGCAGCGGCUGUCCACGGACAACUCCAUCUCGAGCUUUCUGAACAUCGACAGCCACGGGGAGCGCGGGGGUGGGGGCUCUGGCGGAACGGGGGGCGGUGGGGGGCCGGCGUCUGCAGGGGGCGGAGGGAGCUCCACGGCUGGGGAAAUGGCCUACGGCAGAGGGUAUUCGAUUGUGAACUCGUGGCCGACAGCCAGCCAGGGUGAGCCAGGGCGGGGCAGUAACGGAGGAUCCGCGUUCACGACGGCACGGCGGACCUCGGAGCAACUGGAGCCGUUUGCAAUGCCCCGGUUCAAGACGCCGAGCUACUCGCAGGGGCGGUCCGCGAGCGGCGGGAUGGGCGCCAUCCAGUUGGUGAGCGGCGGCGGGGGUGGCCGCAAUGACUCGUUGCCGUCGUCGAAGCGGAACUCCAUUUUUUUUGGGUCCGCCGAGUCGACGGACCUUGAUUUCUUCAAUCAAGCUGCGGGCUCCGCGCAUGGUGCGUCGGGGACCGGCGGCUCUGCGGGUGCCGCCAAUGGCAGCAAGAUGGGGCCGCCGGUUUUGAAGCCCGGUCCUGUUCCGUCGCAGCCGACUCACCAUCAGAGCGAGGACAUAGAUGUGUUCUUUAACCCGUCCCUUUCGCGGAAGAAUUCGAUCAAGUUUAAUGCUGACGACUUUGCGGACUUCCAGUUCAAGCGGCGCGAUUCAUCCGUCCGUGCGACCUUAGACAACAGCAACUACGCACCGGGCCCGCCCCCUCCCAACGCGAACCCGAAACGCACAGACCAGUCACUAAGCCCGAUAGGUAAGGAAGCUGAUGAGAUGGGUAUUGACCCAGAGGUUGCUGUCGCCGAUGCCUCUGGUGUCGACGACGUGGAAGAGACGCUUAAGCGCCAUCUGUCUCCUCUGAUGACUGGUGGAAGCUCCAAUCAUCGCUCAGUGCCCGCCGCCUCGGCCACUACUGGCGUGGCGGUGAACAAACAUCCUAUUACCAACGAUAGGCGACACGAAGUAAACGACGAGCCGAAAUUAAAGCGACAGCGGACGAAGAAGUCGGUAACCUCUAUGUCCCCUGUGAGCUCUUCUGUCUCUGCCGAUCAUCAUAUAGCCGCAAAACUAAAAGAGGCAUUGAGCGAUGAUGCUGAAACUGCAACGAUAGAGGACGCGCGGCCGCUUUUAGGCGCGACAAAGGUCGAUCAGCUAAUGCUGGUUAUCCAAGCAAGAAAGAAAGGAGUAACAGACAAGGUUCCUAGGAAUCCAGAUGGAUCUCUGAUGUUGGAAGACGCGCCAUCGAUUAUCCCGCCGCCGUCGCAGCUGGUCGGUGGUGUCGAAAAACCCAAAUCACGUGGCGUAAAACAGCAUAAAUGCCCCUACUGUCACAAGUGUUUUACGCAGUCGACUCAUCUUGAGGUUCAUGUGCGGUCCCACAUAGGCUACAAACCAUUCCAGUGCGAAUAUUGCGGGAAACGCUUCACGCAGGGUGGUAACCUCCGUACACAUGUACGUUUACACACAGGUGAGAGGCCGUACGAAUGCGAUAAAUGCGGGAAACGCUUCUCUCGGAAGGGCAACUUGGCCGCACAUAUGCUAACCCACGAGAACUACAAACCAUUUCAGUGCAAGUUAGAUGACUGUAAUAAGUCCUUCACCCAGUUGGGAAACAUGAAGGCCCACCAGAAUAGAUUCCAUUUGCAGACAUUAAACCGACUCACUCAGAAGCUUGCAGAAAUGGAUCCUUCCGAGGACAUGCCAACAAAAGAACGGGAGCUGUUAGAGUAUUUUGCCUCGCUCUAUAAAAACAGCAACCGAGGAAUAAAGGGUAGGGGAAAGGGCAACACACGGAUAGUGCCAUCCAUUGAUACAGACGAAGAUUCAAAAAACACUGGCGUACAAUCUCACAGUCGCGUUCAGCAGCAGCCGCCGCCCUUCCAGGAAUCCCAGGCAGGCGCUGUGCCUGCGGUCACACAUAUGCCGGACCCCACGAUCGUCGCCGCAAGGGCGCUGGGGUCGCUGAAACCUAUCGCCAAAAAGAAGUCGUUGUCGGACCUCAACUAUAGUCUCGAGAUGGACGACCCGAAGGACCCAGAAACGAACGAGUUCUCUUUUCACGAGCCUGCAUUUGGAACCCGCAGAAACGAUGCACCCACCCCGGCCACUGAAAACCCAUCCGGCACAGAGGUACAGUUCAAGAACGUAUUCUCAAGCAGCUAG